AUGACUAAAAAAGCUAAUCCUUCACAAAUAAACACCAAAGCCGAUGCCAAAUUGCUACUUGACCUAUUCGACAAUUUCUUAAUCGAUUGUGAUGGAGUUGUAUGGUUAGCAGAAACACUUAUUCCCAAAGUAACUCAAUUUUUACAGUUUCUAGAACAACACAAUAAACAAUUUGCAUUCGUCACCAACAACUCAUCAAAAUCACGUCAAGCCUACAUUGAAAAGUUGGCGUGUUUAGGAAUACAUGGUAUAAAUAAAGAACGUAUUUACACUACUGGUUAUUCAGCAGUGUUGGAAUUACAAAAAAUGGGUAUUCCUUUAGGCUCCAAGAUAUGGGUAUUGGGAGAUAAAGGAAUUGAAGAUGAAUUGGCUGAUGAGGGAUAUGUGGCUGUCGGCGGAUCAAAUCCGUUAUUGGACCAAUCAUGGAACCCCAAGAACCCUUUGCUCAAAGUUGACCCCGAGGUAAAAGCAGUUAUUGCUGGAUCAACCAAUGAAUUCAACUUUAUGCGAAUUGCCACUACUUUACAAUAUUUGAUGCAUGACAACAAGAGUUUACCAUAUAUUGGAACUAACGGUGACCGAAACUAUCCUGGACCUGAUGGGUUAACACUUCCUGCUGGUGGAAGUGUGGUUGAGUAUAUGGCAUAUUGUUCCGGUCGAAGUUAUAUCGAUGUCGGUAAACCAAGCAAGACGUUUGCUGAUAUUAUAUUUUAUGAUACUGGAUUUGAUAGAUCAAAAACGAUAAUGAUUGGUGAUACAUUGUCUUCAGAUAUUAAAUUUGGUAAUGAUGCAAAAUUGGGGAAUGGACAUGGUACAUUGCUUGUAUUGUCUGGUGUCACAACGGUUCCUGAAUUGAAGGACUUGAUGGCUAGUGCUAAUCAUCAAUAUGGAGAUGAUCUGUUGGUGCCUCAAUUUUAUGUCGACUCAUUGACAAAACUUUACGAACUUGUACUGGAAUAA